CGGAAACAGAACGUCGUUCGCGCAGGGUCCACGUGCGGUGGAAGUGCGUCGUUGCGAGCCAUGAAGCGUCCAAAGCUAAAAAAGGCAAGCAAGCGCCUGUCCUGCGCAAAACGUUUCAAAAUUCUGAAAAAGGUCCGGGAACAUCACAGAAAAGUACGAAAAGAGGCGAAGAAGAGCGGAAUACGAAGGAAAGCCAAGAAGGAUAUUGGCGUUCCUAACAGUGCCCCUUUUAAGGAGGAAGUUCUCAGAGAAGCUGAGCAGAAGAAGCAGGAGCUAGAAGAGCUGAGAGAGAAGAACCGACUCGCCAAGCAGAAGGAGCGAGCCGAAAAGAGGAAGCAGGAGACGGACGGAACCGCUGCAGACGCCGAGCCCAAAUCCAAGAAGGCUAAAAAGGAGGAGAAGGCAAAGGCGCAGAAGCAAGCGAGGGCGGCGGUUGCGAAGAAGAAAAGCACCAAGAAAUUCAGAUGCAGCGAACUGAAUAAGGUAAUUGAGGCUGCUGACGUGAUAGUGGAGGUGCUGGACGCCAGGGAUCCUCUGGGCUGUCGAUGUCCUCAGCUGGAGGAAGCCGUGUUGAAGCACGGCGGCAAGAAAAGACUGUUGCUCGUACUGAACAAGAUCGAUCUUGUGCCCAAAGACAAUCUUGAGAAGUGGCUUGAAUAUCUUCAGGUCGAGUGCCCGACACUUGUCUUCAAGUCUACCACAUGCCUACAGGACAGGACUGUGCUGGAAAAGAAGCAGAGGGAUGCCAGUGGCCUCAUGGAUCACAGCCGAGCAGGACUCACCUUUGGCCGUGACUCUCUGAUGCAGACGCUCAACGACUUGGCCAGCAAGGAGUGCAGCGACGGAAUGCUCAAAGUUGGCGUUGUCGGUUUUCCUAACGUGGGAAAGAGCAGCAUCAUCAACAGCCUCAAAGGCAUCCGAGUGUGCUGCGCUGGCGUACAGCGAGGAAUGACCAGAUGUAUGCAGGAAGUGCACAUCUCCAAGAAGGUGAAGAUGAUUGACAGCCCGGCCAUAGUGGCGGCUCCAUCCAACUCUGGAGAGAAGCUCGCCUUGAGGAGCCUGCGGGUGGAGGAGGAAGAGGAGAGUCCGGCGGAGGCAGCCAGGGUCCUGCUGAAACAGUGCACCCAGGAGCAUAUCAUGCUGCAGUACAAUGUCCCAGACUACCGAAACUCUCUGGAGUUUCUGACAUUCUUGGCCAAGAAGCGUGGUUACCUACAGAAAGGCGCGCUGCCCAACGUGGAGCAGGCUGCAGCCGUGUUCCUCGGUGACUGGACAGGGGCUAAACUGAGCUACUACAACAAAACUCCAGAGAGGCGGGGCCUCCCUCCCCACCUCACCAAUGCCAUGGUAACGGAGAUGCACAGGGGUUUGAACAUGGGAAGAAUCCACAUGGCCAACGAGCAGAUCAUCAAACGAGUACGAUGCCCUAAUCAGGCUUUCAGCAUCUGUUUCAGCUCAAAGGGUCUGACUGCUGGGCUUCUGAGAGUCAGUGAGAUUCCAGAAGAGAAAGUGGUGACUGAGGAGGACAUCUCUGAGCAAACGCAGGACAUGGAGGGAACUAAAGAGGUCAAGACCCCUGACUCGGAAAGAACACUGCCUCAGCAAACAGUGCAACAGGAGAGCAUGUGUAAACAAAUAAAAGGAAUGGCGCAACCUGUCUCUGUAAACACAGAUCUGUUGGAGGCACAGCGGAACAACGAUGAUGCAUAUGACUUCAGCACAGAUUUUGUAUGAAAUGUCCUGCCCACAUCGAGAACAGAUUCCAUUGGUGUGUGUGAUCCUGUUUCCUCCCUUGACUGAUAUGGAUAUGGGAGCAAAAUAGGACCUGUUGUACAUAUAGAUCAUUAAACAAAGACUUUAAUACUGUGUUGUGGUUUUUAGAAACCUUUGAAUAGGGACCUGAUGGAUCUGCACAUCUGAUUUGAAUCAGAUAGGAACUGAGACGAGAGCCUGUGGUCUGAUUCCAAAACCCAGCUUUAUGGCAUUGUUGACCUACAUUACCCAUGCAGGUGUUCUCAUACCUUUUCACUGACCGUGACCGUUGGAUGCAAAACCAGAAUGACCUAUUUGGUAAACUUGAAGUGGUUAAUGUGUAAUGUGAUUGCAUGUUUCAGAAGAGUGAACAAAAGAAAACUGGUCAGAUACAAAUGAUUAUUGACUUUACUCAGUGAUGUUCAAUACAGAAACAAUUAAUAGCUUCUCUGUAUAUAAAACGGCCCAGUUCUUAACAGGAGUAUCAACUGAUACUGUAGUGGGAAUGCUGCUGCUGUGGGCUUUAACUUGCAUUUAAUAAUUACAGAAUGACAUGCAUGCAUACUUUCACUUUACACUGUAAGCAAAUCAAUAUUUAGUGCAAAAAAAAAAAAAA